AUGGACAAAGACACAUCGCAAAACGAGGCUACUACUGCCUCGUCCACGUCCACAAUAUUCGAGUCUCUGGACGCUACUAGUCGAUGUUUAUUGAAAGCCUUGCUAUUCCCCAACCCGGAUUCUAUCUCCCUGGCCCUUUUUGAGGCUAGCGACCGCGGCAACUACUCUCCGGAAUUGCCAUUCUGCUUGACAUUCAUCCAGAAGCAGACAGACUCGUACACAUUCACGAUCGAUAAAGUCAUCCACAAUGAGUUGAAAAAUCUUCUCAGUGAAAAUGAUCGUCAAUGCAGCUUCAAAAAUGCUACGUUCAUACUCCAUGAUGUGUGGAAAAAUGAUUGGCUCGAGAACCCAUGGUUGAUUAGCGAAUGGGAGACAGCCAUCGAUAUGUCCCCCACGUCCUGA